GGCGAUACUGUUGUUUUUUUGUUAUCGAGGAAACAGCGUAAACAAACCUUUUGGUAAAGUGGCAAAGUGUUUUAGGAGUGAAAUAAUAAGAAGCAUAAAAUUGUCUUUUAUCAAUCUUUCUAUUUAUGCAUUUUCAUUUUGCAACUUCUGCAAUAACAAAAAUAUGCCGGAUUGGCAUAACCAAAUUUUGAAGAAAGUAAUGUUAUCAUGACUUCCGCAGAACAUUUUAUUAGUUUAAUCACAGUAGCAAGUGCAAAAAAAUUAGCAGCAGCUCUAAUCCUCUGUUUUAUUCUUUAUCAUGGAAUAUUACAUAUCAUUUAUGACAGUGAUUCUUGCAAAUGGUUAUUAACAGAGGGAAGAUAUAAAGGAGACAAGGAAUGGCAACCGUACGGUUGCAUGAUGCAUCAUUAUACGCAAACGGAUAGUCGAAGGUGUCUCAGAUAUUUAGCUUUUAUGGGUCACCACAAUCACUUCGUUUUCACUGGUGAUGCACGAAUCAGACAACUCUAUAAAUCCUUUGUAUCACAAUUUAUAGUCGAUGGCAGAGCUUCUGAUUUAAUGGAAUUGCCAGAAAAUUCAGACCUGAGUUUUAAUGAUGCACAACUCAGGCUUAAAGUCCAGUUUCUUUGGAGGCCACAAAUAAACUCGGCGAUGAUAGCAGACUUUCAAAAUUGGAUGAGUGGAGAACCGCCAAAUAUGAUAGUCGCUGGAUGUGCAGCCGCCGACAUUCUUGCAAACAAUGCGAGCGAUGUGAUGUUACAUUCAGUCUUCAGUUCAAAUCUAUUCAAACUCGUUCAUCCAGCCGAUGUUUUGGCACAAAAAGGAUCCCGAUUUCUCUGGACGAUGCAGGAUCCAUUGUUGAAAGAACGUUUGCCGACGCAGUUAUCAAACAUUGAUAAUAGACAGAUUGAUGUUUGCAACGGAGCAGCUGCCGAGAUUUUAUCACAUAGUGGAGCCCAUUUAUGGGAAAGCAGUAGACUAGUAGGUACUGGAAUUUUAGAGCAAAGUCCGGAUGGAUAUCUGGCGAGUCCUUUGUCAUUGCGCCACAAGAUACAAAUUCUUUUAAAUACGCAUUGCAAUGAUCAUAUGAAUUUUGACGAUGGCACCUGUUGUAGUUCUCCAGAACCUGCUACUACUUUACAACUUGUUUCGCUUGUUAUCCUUGCUUUAUGUAUAACCACUGGUGGAAGUAUUUGGCUCUACAGAAGAGUUUGUCAGUAUCAAACUGAAGUUUUGUACUCAGGAAUAGCCAUGGAAGAAAUCGAAAGAUCGGAGGAAGUGAACGUAUCUGAUAUUUUAAAAAGCGAACCUCCUCCAGUCCAGGAUUUUUAUACGCUCAUUACUUCUCUGGCCUUCUUCUCUAUUAUACUCGCUUAUUUUUACUUAUGCGAUAGGACCAAUUUCUUUAUGAAAGAAAACAAAUAUUACAGUGAAUUUAGUUUUUGGUUACCCUUGGGAUAUAUUUUAGCUCUUGGUAUUUUUUUCACCGAAGAUCGUGAACGAGGUCCAAGAUUUUUAAACCGAGAGCAAACUGACGAAUGGAGAGGCUUGAUGCAGGCAGUGGUAUUAAUUUAUCACGUGACAGGAGCGCGAAAUGUUUUGCCAAUUUAUAUGCAUCUGCGACUGAUUAAUUCUGCAUACUUGUUUCUUUCGGGAUACGGACAUUUUUAUUACUUCUGGCAAACGGGCGAUGUCUCUUUAGUCCGAUUUGCAAGGGUUCUCUUUAGACUCAAUCUUCUGACCGUUUCGCUCUGCCUUUGUAUGAACAGACCAUAUCAAUUUUAUCAUUUCGUCCCCUUGGCCUCUUUCUGGUUUCUAGUGGUCUACUUCCUAGCCUGGCUUCCACCCAGAGUUUAUUCAGGAACAUUAGCAGAAUAUGGACCCAGAGCUUUGCUCUACUUGGCCCUCAAACUUUUAGGCCUAGUCUGCAUUAUCACUAUUCUCUACAUGUCUGAGGUAUUUUUCGAAAAAAUUUUUGUGACUCGACCCUGGAAGGCCCUUUUCGUCACAACAGAUGAUGAUAUACGAGAAUGGUGGUCAAGAUGGCGAGUCGACAGGUACAGCGUCGCCUGGGGAAUCGCCUUCGGAGCUGGUUUAGUAGCUCUUCAACGAGUGGAUCACAUUCCAGGAACCACUUUGGCUCCCAUUCUCGCCCUCAUUUCUCUAGCUGCUUACACCACCUACACGAUUCUCUGCAAUUCAUUUUCAGAAUGCGAAGAAGUGCAUUCUUACGUCGCUUUCAUACCUGAGAAGAGGGUGAAAAGUCAGGGAUUUCGAGAAGAAAAAGAGGCAAACGUCAGGGAAUUUUUAGUUAGAGCUGCCACCUAUUCACUUUUUUCACAAAUCACUGUUUAG